GUUAUCCGAAGGAACUACGCUGGAGGGUUGUUUUUAUGCUUCGAGAAGGUAGAACAACGUCCGAAAUUGCACAGACGCUACAUGUUGGUAAAACGUUUGUCAAAAAGAUCAAAGGCUUAUUCGAUACAACUAAUUGUGUUGAUGACCGACCAAGGUCAGGCAAGUUGAGAAGCUUGAGAGCACAAGAAAUACGGCUAUUGAAAAAUAUUAUCGAACAGUAGGUCUACGAAGACGAAUUUCAAGAAUGGCUUCAAUAUUUGACCGGGAAUACGUUCUCUAUUGCUGCUAUUCAUAGGUGCAUAAAAAAAAUGGGCUGGACGAGAAAAAAGCUUAGUCUUAUUGCAUACCAGAGAAAUGAAAGAUUACGUGCUGAGUUCCGUAGGAGAAUAUCACAGUUUGAACCACACCAAUUACUUUUUAUAGAUGAAUCAUCAAAAGAUGAAAGGACAUUCCAGAGGCGCUAUGCUCGUGGUCUGAAAGGUAGAAGAAUUUCUGUGAAAGGAAAUUUCACCAGAGGAACAAGAUAUAGUGUUAUUAGUGCCCUCAGUAUCCAAGGUGUUGUAGGAUCCCAUACUAUUUUGGGGGCUUUCAAUCAGGAGCAAUUUGAAUUUGCAGUUACAAACUUUAUAUUGCCAUUUGUUGGAUCAUGUGCUAGGAGGGARUCCUGUUCUGUUGUUAUAUUGGAUAAUUGUACUAUCCACAACUCUAAUGAAGUAUUUCAAGCCAUUAGAAGAAGAGGUGGUAUUGUAAUGUUUUUGCCACCUUAUUCCCYUGAUAUGAAUCCAAUAGAAGAAGCAUUUGGUUCUUCAAAGGUUUGGCUACAAAGACACCCAGAUGUAUGUACUAAAUAUCCAAAGUGGUGCUUUGAAAUUUCAUUGGAGAAGAUAACUGAUGAACAAAGUGCAGGCUUUUUUAUGGACAGUGGUUACUUUUAACCAACAAAACACAAGGUGCUUUUUAACACAACAAUUAUUAUUCAGAACUGAAUAAAAAACUCCAACAAG